ACCCUAGGACGAAGGAAGUAAUACGAUUGAGAAUUUGGUGUGAAAAAAGGUAACACCCCUUUGACAGAGACAAAAAAGGUGUUGACAUCGAAAGAAAGAGAUUAAUAUUACCCACUAGGGGAGAUAUUGUGAUAGCUGUAGAACGAACCCGAUCAACAAUCAACGACUUAGCACUUGUCGUGUAGUGAAUCCAACUUUGGAAAUUCCAGAGUCAAAUCUCAUCACCCUUCUAUUCCAGAGUCUAUAGAUAUACGGAGACAGUUAUUCAUCACUUCCUUCAAAUCAACCAUUCUUUCAAUCUGCAGACCAUAAAUAAAAGAAAGAAAUUAAUCACAGAAAAUGUGUGGCAUAUUUGCGUAUUUGAAUUACAACGUGAGUAGAGAGAGACGAUACAUACUGGAAGUCCUUUUUAACGGACUGAGGCGUUUGGAGUACAGAGGUUAUGAUUCCGCUGGAAUUUCUAUUGAUGAUUCUUCCGAUUCCAAUUUCCUUCCUUUAGUCUUCCGCCAAGAAGGCAAUAUCGAAUCACUCGUCAAAUCUGCCUACCAAGACAUUGCCGCUAUAGAUUUGAAUCUGGAGGAAUCAUUUUCUAUUCAUGCUGGAAUAGCACACACUCGGUGGGCCACACAUGGGGAGCCUGCUCCUCGGAAUAGUCAUCCUCAGUCCUCUGAUGCUAGGAAUGAAUUUUUGGUUGUUCACAAUGGUGUUAUCACCAAUUAUGAGGUGUUAAAACAGACCCUUGUCCGUCAAGGUUUCACCUUUGACUCUGAAACAGACACAGAAGUAAUUCCAAAGCUGGCAAAAUUUGUUUUUGAUAAAGCUAAUGAAGAAGGUGACCAGAGCGUGACAUUCAGUCAAGUUGUGCUUGAAGUAAUAAGGCAUUUGGAAGGAGCGUAUGCUCUCAUAUUCAAAAGCCGACAUUACCCAAAUGAAUUGAUUGCUUCCAAACGUGGUAGUCCACUGCUUCUUGGUGUGAAAGACUCGGAAGAAGAGGCCACUGUUGGAUCAUCAUUUAGUAAUGUUAAAUUUCCUUCAAGCAAUGGGCAACCAAAGGAAUUAUUUUUAUCCAGUGAUGCUAAUGCUUUGGUUGAACAUACAAAAAAGGUCUUGGUUAUUGAGGAUGGCGAAGUUGUUCAUAUUAAGGAUGGAGGUGUAUCAAUUUUAAAGUUAGACAUGGCUAAGAAUAACCGUGGUGGUACUCUUAGUCGGCCUGCUUCUGUUCAACGUGCCCUGUCCAUUCUUGAGAUGGAGGUGGAGCAGAUAAAUAAAGGAAAAUAUGAGCAUUACAUGCAAAAAGAAAUUCAUGAGCAACCAGAAUCUGUGACUACUACGAUGCGAGGGAGGCUUAUUCGUGGAGGAUCGUCUAAAGCAAAGACUGUUCUUUUGGGGGGCCUAAAGGAUCACCUCAAAACUAUACGGAGAAGCAGAAGGAUUGUUUUUAUUGGGUGUGGCACAAGUUACAAUGCAGCUUUAGCUGCAAGGUCCAUUGUGGAAGAGCUUUCUGGUAUUCCUGUAACCAUGGAGAUUGCCAGUGACUUGGUGGAUAGACAGGGACCAAUAUAUAGAGAAGACACAGCUGUCUUUGUUAGUCAAUCGGGAGAAACUGCUGACACUUUGCUUGCACUGGAGUAUGCUUUAGAAAAUGGCGCAUUAUGUGUUGGCAUUACAAACACUGUUGGUAGUGAAAUUGCUAGGCGUACUCACUGCGGUGUUCAUAUAAAUGCGGGCUGUGAGAUAGGAGUGGCCAGUACAAAGGCAUAUACGAGCCAAAUCAUUGUGAUGGCUAUGUUGGCUCUUGCAAUCGGAGGUGACACACUCUCGAAUCAAGCAAGAAGAGAAGCAAUAAUAGAUGGUCUAGUUGACUUGCCAUGUAAGGUGAAAGAGGUACUCAAGCUUGACAACGAAAUAAAAGAUCUUGCUAAGCUACUGAUUGCUGAGCAAUCGCUUCUUGUAUUUGGAAGAGGUUAUAACUAUGCAACAGCUCUUGAAGGUGCUUUGAAGGUAAAGGAGGUAGCACUGAUGCACAGUGAAGGAAUACUUGCUGGCGAAAUGAAACAUGGCCCGUUGGCUUUGGUUGAUGAAAAUCUCCCUAUUGUGGUAAUUGCCACUUGUGAUGCUUGUUUCAGCAAACAGCAAUCUGUCAUUCAGCAGCUUCAUGCGAGGAAAGGCCGACUGAUAGUAAUGUGCACAAAAGGAGAUGCAGCAUCUGUUUCUGUUGGUGGAUCCUGUCGAGUAAUUGAAGUUCCUCAGGUUGAGGACUGUUUGCAGCCUGUAGUUAACGUCGUUCCAUUACAGUUAUUGGCAUAUCAUUUGACUGUUCUACGUGGACACAAUGUUGAUCAACCUCGCAAUCUUGCAAAGAGUGUGACAACCCAGUGAGCUGCAUGUUAACCUUCAGCUCACCUUGCGACAGUUAGGCAAGCAAGGUGGAACUCAACCAUUUUUGAGUCUUCUGCUAUGUUAAUACCACUUGACGACAAGAAUUUGAUGGACAUGUAUCAGUGCACCUUUGGCAUUUGCGUUUUCCACAGGUGAUACUGACCCCAGUAUAUUUAUUUCAACACGCGACGUUGGUAACACAUUUAAGUAUUUAACUGAGCCAUGCUCUACUCUGUUUACUUGGUGUUAUUAACAUUUGCUUCUGCAUUGUACUGUUGAGAAGCGGUUGUAGAAUCGAGCUAAUGUUGUAGAUUAAGAACUUUUUAAAUUAGACAAGGAGCAUGUUGUAAAAAAUCUCAGAAUUCAUCUGUUUAACUGUUAAUUUGUUAAUAUUGUAAUGUGGAUACAAUGAGAGCAUUUGUAUCUCAAGAGUUUAUCUCGGCACAA